UUAAUCACGUGACUCUCACCAUACUAGUAAUACAUGUCACGUGAGCAGAAACUGGGUCAAGCAACCUGCAAAGCACUGUACAGGGCAACUGAUAAAAGCCGGAAUAGAAACCAAAGAAACACGGAAAUGAAAUGAAACGGAGAAAUACGGAAACGGAAUCAGAUUAUCAGACUCAGUGCGCAUGCUCAAUUGCUCAUCAUUCAUCAAGUACUGAGUUUGUUCAUAGAUAUUAGAGUAAAUUUCAUUUACUCUAAUAUCUAUGGUUUGUUGGUGUUCUCGGUGGUGUUUAUCUAGCUUCUACCCUCUAUGUCUCAAAUUCUUAGGCUUCACAGACACAAGCAAGGACCAAAAGCUAAAAGGAGGCUAUUUAGUCAAGCCCGAGGAGAAGAGAAAGAGGAGUUUUCGAGUUUUAUUAAUAAUUGACUUGACAAAUGAUUCUUGCAGUAGUAACUCUUCAAGUGAUAGCGAAUCUUUGGAAAGUCUUGUUUUUUCUCCUGUGAAGCCAAAGAUCAAGGAGAGUCCUACUGAUCUCCUUAAACAGAUUAUUCCUAAUGUUAAUGAUGAUGACUAUCACGACACUACUGCAAGGUUCCUACCAGUUCUUGCUCGACCACUUUUAGGACUAAAUGUCAAUCAGUUAUUUACGUUAAUGCUUGGUAAAAUACCAGCUGAUUUUGAAUUGUUUUAUCAAAAAAGCAAUAAUAAUUACUUUAAAAAUAAAAUAAUAAUGUUGCUCCGUUUCGUUUCAUUUCCAUGUUUCUUUGGUUUCUAUUCCGGCUUUUAUCAGUUGCCACUGUACAGUGCUUUGCAGGUUGCUUGACCCAGUUUCUGCUCACGUGACAUGUAUCACUAGUAUGGUGAGAGUCACGUGAUCAACGAGUUUGCAGGGUCAAGCAACCUGCAAAGCACUGUACACGUACAUGGAUUGGAAACAUCACAGGAAGCCAAUAUUAAAAACUCCUGAAACGUCACUUCCUGUUAGUCAAAGGCUCUUUUCGGGAGAU